CUUCCGCAAAUUUCAAUUCGUCUCCAAACGUCAACUUAACAAAUUGACAGCUGAACGCGAAAUUUGUUUGUCAUUUCCACGACAUAUUCCAGUUUUGUAGUUUCAUUCUUUAAGUAAUUCAUAUCCCGAAUUCUAUAAAAAUGUUCCUUACGCGUUCUGAAUACGAUCGUGGCGUAAACACAUUUUCUCCCGAAGGUCGACUGUUUCAGGUGGAAUAUGCAAUUGAAGCUAUCAAAUUGGGAUCGACUGCGAUUGGAAUUCGGACGCCGGGUGGUGUGGUGCUCGCCGUCGAAAAGCGAAUAACGUCGCCGUUAAUGGAACCGACCACUGUUGAGAAAAUCGUGGAAGUCGACCGGCACAUUGGCUGCGCCACGUCCGGGCUAAUGGCAGAUGCUCGCACCCUCAUCGACCGGGCCCGUGUCGAGUGCCAGAACCACUGGUUCAACUACAAUGAACCCAUGUCCAUCGAAUCCUGUGCCCAAGCCGUCUCCAGCCUUGCGAUUGGCUUCAGCGACAGCUCAGACGGCGGAUCGGCCAUGAGCAGGCCAUUUGGAGUAGCGAUUCUCUUCGCCGGCAUCGAGAACGGAGCUCCCGAGCUGUGGCACAUGGACCCGUCCGGGACGUACAUGAAGUUCUUGGCCAAAGCGAUUGGCUCGGGCAGCGAAGGAGCGCAACAGAAUUUGCAGGACAACUACUCGCCCGACAUGACUGUGGACGACGCUGUCGAGCUCGCGCUGAAUACGCUCAAGCAAGUGAUGGAGGAGAAGUUGAACUCGACUAACGUGGAAGUGAUGAAAAUUACGCCUGAAAAGCUGUUCGAAAUGUACCCCAAGACGGAGGUCGAGGCAGUCAUCAGCAAGUUGCAGCAGUGAAGGACGGAUCUGUUGGGAGGAUUAUGUUAAGAUUUUCUUGCUUACGAUUUAAUUUACGGUGGUGAUUUUUUACUAGAAUAAAAUGUAUUCGAAGUACCACA